UCGGCCACACACCAUAAUGACGAUUACCACGUCCCCAAACCCCAUUGGGUACCCCGCGCGUAAGCUUGCAUUUGACCUGCUCUCCAUGGUCAGGGUAAAGACGAAUUAGGAAGGCGACGGGAGAAAAGGGCCCCAGCCGAGACAGAAAGCCGUUGAUUAAUUGAUUAAUUCACGCUAGAAGCCCCAUUCACGCAGGUAUUGCCGUCGGCAAAAGCCCAGGGUUCCCUCUCUGUCGUGUUUCAACUGUCCGCAAUCAUAGUACCCUCCCGGCCAUCCCAGCCCUCCAAGCCCUCCCAGCCCUCCCAGCCCUCCCAGCACAUCGAGAUCAUCUAAAGACGCUUGCAGUAAUUAGGCCCCAAACCAGGUCAACAAUGACGAGAGUCACAGCGGGUCAACUGGACCAAGCGCCGCCAUCCGCCGAAAUGGUCUCCCAAAACAACAAUGGCUUCAGGCCUAGCCCGCCGGCCCCUCGGGUCCGGCCCAACAUAUCGACAGCCUUUGGUAUCGCCAUCCGCGGCAGUGGCCCCCAGAACGCGACUGUAGACGACGGCUUCUCUGCCAACGGCGACGUGGUUUCCCACAAGGAGCACUCUUAUACCGUCAUCAAGGCCGAUCUCCUUAUACCUGGAGACGGCGAACCCAUCCCCCAUGGGGCUCUGGUGAUCAAAGACAAGAUCAUUGCCUGGGUCGGCAAGCAGUCUGAGGUGCCCGACAAAUACGCAUCGGCGCCGCACCGCUCAGUCUCGGUACCGUACCUCAUGCCUGGGCUCUGGGAAGUCCAUAGCCAUUUCGGCGGCGAGUCGCCCGACGACUACGAUCUAGGCCUUGCCGUCUUCAUUACCGAGCACCCGGCGAGCUCGGGCGCGAGGCUCGCCAAAGGCUGCUGGGAGUCGCUGCAGAGGGGAUACACAUCGCUCAGGGACGUGGGCGGGCUCGGCUGCGAGGUCGCGAGGGCCAUCAGGGACGGCACCAUCAUCGGCCCAAACAUCUACUCGUCGGGAGCCGUGUUGAGCCAGACGGCCGGGCAUGGUGACGUCUUCUCCUUACCUGCCGGCGACGUUCUCCUGAAUUUGGGUGUCUCGAAUAUCACGCCCGGCCAUUUCGGAACCAACAUGUGCGCGAUAGUGGACGGCGUCGAAGAGUGCCGCCGCGCCGUCCGACUGCAGAUUCGACGCGGCGCCAAGGUCAUCAAGGUGUGCGCAUCGGGCGGCGUCAUGUCUCGCGACGACAACCCGCUCUACGCCCAGUUCUCGCCCGAGGAGCUUGACUGUAUUGUCCGGGAGGCGGGGCGUCAGGGCAUCGUCGUUGCCGCUCACGUUCACGGCAAGCCGGGCAUCCUGGAAGCGGUCAAAGCGGGUGUCAAGACGGUCGAGCACGUGUCGUUCGCCGACCGAGAGUGCAUCGACUUGAUCAAAGAGAAAGACGUCGUCUACGUGGCGACGAGGACCGUCAUCGUGACGCUCCUGGCAAGUGGAGGCAAGGGACUGUCCAAACAAAGCUGGGAAAAGUUGAAGCUCGUGGCGACGAACCACGAGAAGGCAUACAAGCUCGCCAUCAGCCAGGGCGUCACCACUGCGCUAGGAACCGACACACCUCCUGGCUUCAACUCGGCUGUUGAGCUCGAACACGCCGUUGCGUGCGGCAUGACCAGCCUCGAGGCGAUCAAGGCGGCAACAGCCAACGGGCCCCUGACUGUCGGCCCGCAAGCGCCGCACACCGGCCAGUUGAAGGCGGGAUAUGAAGCGGACGUGAUCGCGGUGGCCGAAAACCCCGUUGAGGAUGUCAGGGUUCUGCAAAAGCACAAGAACAUUACCUGGGUGUGGAAGGGCGGGAGCGUGUUCAAGGGACCCGGUAUUGGUCCAUGGGGCGAAGAUUACACGUUGGAUGAUAGUGUCGAGAUGGGUCUAGACUAGGAGUCUAGGACAAGCAACCUAGACAGUGUGGGCAACCCAGACAGUGUGGCUCGACCUAACAUGCAAGAUGUUUAUUGAAG